CAAGCACUUUUUAACCUUCUGUCUACUGCUCUAUUGGGGUGAGAGAGGUUUUAUUCGUUUUGACCAAACUCUCAAUGCCAACUGCAACACAAUCUCCAGGACCUGUAACUACGUCACGUAAGCCAAGAAAGAAGGAGCAAGACGUCAUUGCAGGUCCCGAAGGGAGAGCAGGUUCAGCGGGUGGGAUUGUGCUUGAAACCACACAUGCUAAAUUGAAAGAUAAAGAGAAAAUGUCUUCAAAUGCGCCUACCAAACCGGCAGCAACCGCCCCAUCGAAAGAGGCAAACACCACAUCCACAACGGGUCCACAUCGUCAAAGGCGACGACCACGAAAGCUCAACCGAGAGCCUGCCUCGCAAACUCCCACGGAAUCUGCGACUAAUGCUCCCAAAAUUCAAAAUAAUGCGGCAUCAUCGGCCGCAACGAGCGAGCUUGAAGCUUUGAAAUCUCGAGUACGCGGACUGGAAGCCAAAGUUGAGGAGCUGUACAAUAGCGGCGCCGCCGAUGCUCGCAGUGGCCGCUCGCCACGACGAAGGGGCAAGAAGAAGUCCGUUUCAUCCCAGCAAGUCCCUACGCUGUCAGAUAUAGGGGGAACUACAAAUGCUGAAGAUGAGGAGGAGGCAGACGAAGAGCUAGUUCGCCUGGAAGGUGAAUUGGAGGACGCACGCCGAGAUUUGGAGACUUAUAGCCCUCGUCCUCGAAGAAGGAGGACGACCUCUGACGAUUCUGAGUUCAUUGAGGAAAUACCACGCAAUGAACCUGGCGUUGAAGAUACAGUUACCUCGGGUGAUCGACAGGUUACGCUUACUGGAAGCUAUCGUAUCCCUCUACCAUCGAGCGUCAGCAUGAAAGAUGUCAAGUCGAUACAAAGUGGAGUCACGGCUGCUCAGAAUGUGGCAAAGUCAUUCCUUGAGCAGCGACGGGCCUCUCAAGCCGUUCAGAAUCAAUCGCAGAGUAAGGCUCCAUCGUCAGCGCCAAAUGCAAAAGCAAAGGCCAAACAGUCAUCAAAAGUGAGGGAGGACUCGAGUUCCGUUGUCAAGAGUGAUGACGGAAAGCAAACUUGGAGUGAAUGGUUCGGCGGGUAUAGCGUAGCCAUAUCACGCGCGGUGCAAAACAUUGAGGCAGAGGCUGCUGUUGAGGCUCAAAAGGCGAACAAGCCUCCACGUCCUAGCCGAACUACAAGUACCGCUUCGAGCAAACCCGCAAAAUCAGCACCUAAAUCCAGUACAGCGUCCACGUCAAAAGGUGGAGCGAGGCCACCUUUGAAGCAAAGAACCGGUAACUUGAGCUCGGAACAAGUCCAAGGAUUGAUGGGGUAGUAUCAUAGGGUCUUCAUAUCAUAGCGGUCUUUCAAACUCAUGUUGUACGAUAAAGAAAUAAGCGGAAGAGCAAGGCGUAAUGGAAACUAAAAGAUUAAACUAUGCCAAAUCAUGUUCUCCUACGUAUUAAGUAUAUAUAUUAGCCAGCUCUAAAGUCCUCAUAA